UUCCUGUCCGGUUUAUGCGCCGUAAUGGCCGAUGCGGAACAACUCCAUAGGAUGGCACUUGUGCAAGUAAAGGAACACCAGCUGAUGUGUAAAUAAGAAGACGAUGGAGAAGAAGGUGUCGUGCGGAACUUUGCUACUUGUGCCGAUCCCAACACGGAACUUAUGAACGUUACACCAGUGAUGCUAACCAGCUGUGUAGCAAGAGCUAGCCUUACCGGUUCUUGCCGUCGGCUACUCACCUUGCGUUGUCACAAGUUAACUUUCGGUUUGAAUUAGUAACCUGCAGCUGAGCUGAGUGACAAUUACCUUGCUGUCUAUGUUUCGUGAUUUUGUUAAGAUUUCGAGCUGCUGAGGAGCAGAAAAUGAGAGAAGGAGUGUGCAUCUUGUGACUCAGCUCUUGCGUAGCCAUGGAGAAGCCCUGGAGGCUGUGGGGGGCAGUGGAGCGUUGCACCCUGACUCUGGCCUCCUGGUCUUGGGGUGCUUGUCGAGUCUCUCUUUUGGCGCUCAUCCUCACCUUCCAUCUUUACGGGGGGUUUUUCCUCCUGGCUCUGAUCUUAGCCUCUGUGGCAGGUAUCCUCUACAAGUUCCAGGAUGUGCUCCUCUACUUCCCUGACCAGCCCUCCUCCUCCCGCCUUUAUGUUCCCAUGCCAACAGGAAUCCCUCAUGAGAAUGUGUACAUCCGCACUAAGGACGGUGUGAAGCUCAACCUCAUCCUGCUUCGCUACACAGGAGGGGACACGCCUCCUGGAGUCACCCCUGGAAAUCAAAGCUGUCCCACUUCCUCUUCUCCACCCACUAUCCUUUAUUUCCAUGGUAAUGCAGGUAACAUUGGUCACAGGGUGCCAAAUGCCCUGCUGAUGCUAGUCAAUCUGAAAGCUAACGUGGUGCUGGUGGACUACCGUGGUUAUGGAAAGAGCGAGGGGGAGCCCAGUGAGGAUGGGCUGUACCUAGAUGCCGAGGCUACACUGGACUAUGUCAUGACCCGUCCUGAUUUGGACAAGACAAAAGUGGUACUAUUUGGCCGCUCACUGGGGGGUGCUGUGGCUGUACGAUUGGCGUCAGCUAACCCUCACCGUGUAGCAGCUAUUAUUGUUGAAAACACCUUCCUCAGCAUCCCCCACAUGGCAGCAACACUCUUCUCCUUCUUGCCCAUGCGCCUGCUGCCCCUGUGGUGCUACAGGAAUCAGUUUCUGUCCUACAGGCAGGUAGCUCUGUGCCGCAUGCCCUCUCUGUUUGUGUCCGGCCUGUCGGACCAACUCAUCCCACCUGUGAUGAUGAAACAACUGUAUGAGCUGUCUCCUUCACGGACUAAGCGCUUGGCUAUCUUUCCAGAGGGCACACAUAAUGACACAUGGCAGUGUCAGGGCUACUUUGCUGCUUUGGAGCAGUUCAUGAAAGACCUGCUGAAGAGCCACGCCCAUGAGGAGAGCGCUCAGCCCACAGCUAGUGUCACCAUAAUCUAAAUGACACAGUCCGGGACAGACUGUUGAUUUCAGAUCUUCAGCUGGAGGAGGCGGAGGAUGCUGUUGUGGAAACUGAUCAAAUUGACUCAAUUGUUUUUGGAAAGAAUGUACAUUUUUUUAUGCUUUUGUCUAGGUUCUCUUAUUUUACUCUUUUUACCUCUCUGAAAAUGUAAUAUAUUGUAACAAUGAUUUGACUCUUUCAAGAUUUUUAGGGAGGGUGUCAUCGCCCUCGUGGGUUCUUUUGUGUUGCAGCUAUGAAUGCAUGUAUCUAUGACCCUUUAUGAAUGAGCCAGUGCAUACAUGUCCACACUGCGAGACACAGCACAACCACAAAAAAUAAGCUCUUAUUGGUCGGCUUAAACAAAUUAGAGUCACUGAUAUAAUGGCACAGAAAACAAUGACUGUAUGAGGAUCUGCUAUAAUUUAGUGAAACCUAAUAACUACUUGAGAUAAAUUAAUACUCUUCUAAAAAAAAAAAAAAAUUAUUUAUCUUUUUUAAUACAGUUUUUUUCAGACAACAUAUUUUGACAGCCAGGUUGUUUAUUUCUCUCCUGCUUGGUGCGUCAUGACAUUGUACUUAUUAAUAUUUAUUUGUACCCUCUGUUUUUAAUGAUACAACAACAUAUUAGAAAUAUUUGUGCUGUUGAACAAUUUGUUCAGACACCAGACAAUAAGACAGAGCUGAAGUGGUCGGUAAGAUAACAGUGACUCAUUCUUUACUUCCGCUUAUCAAAAUUAAUUUCCUGAGAUCUUAUUUCCUGUAAACUGCGUUGGUUUCAGUGCGAUUACUCUAAGCUGCAAGAUAUUUCCUGGUAUCUUUCUUCUGUUCAUGCUCAACUAGCACAUGAUUGUCUUUUCUCUUUAAUUGGCUCAUGUUGACACUGAGCACAGUUAGCUCCUGCAGAUGCAUUCGAUCUGUGUGUGUUUUUUAGUUCAAUGAUGGUGUAAGAUUACCUGAAGUCUGUCUCAGCACAAUACUGUGAUACAUGCCCCCAUAUGUUCACUGAAAGAUGUACUGCUUGCUUGUGUGAUUCUACUGUCUGUACUGACUUUGAGAGGGGAUCUGUUUUAAUGUAACUUCACAGGAGAAAACAAAAUACUGAGUCAUGUUUACAGAAGAAGUUGAGCAGAGGCCCAAAUGAGGUUUCAGGAUUCAGGGUCUUUGAUUUACUCCUCCUUCACUUAAAUAAACAAGGAAAAAUUCUGAUGAACUCGA